AUGCCUUUCUCCCAUCACAGCCACUCGGGCCAGUUCUGCCCCGGCCAUGCCAAAGACUCCCUCGAGGAGGUAAUCCAGCUGGCUAUCUCCAAGAAGUUCAAGGUCUUCUGCUUGACCGAGCAUAUGCCUCGAGGAUCCGAAGACUACUACCCAGAGGAGGUCGAAGCCAACCAGACCAUGGACAGCAUGGUCGCCAACGAAGCUGCCUACUUCCGCGAGGCGCAGCGACUACGAGAGAAGUACGCCGGUCAGAUCACUAUCCUGAUAGGGUUCGAGAUCGACUGGAUCCGACCCGAAUCGCGCACGCUGAUCGAGGAGUCGCUGAGCCGGCAUCCGUUCGAGUUCUUCAUGGGCUCGGUGCAUCACACCCUGACAGUGCCGAUUGACUAUGAUCGGCCGAUGUACGAGAAGGCGCGGGAUCUGGCUGGCGGCACGGACGAGCGCUUGUUCGAGGUGUAUUUCGACGAGCAGCUGGACAUGCUGCGGCAGUUAAAGCCGCCGGUCGUGGGGCAUUUCGAUCUGAUCCGGUUGAAGAGCGACGACCCCGAGCGCAGCUUCCAGCAAUGGCCCGGAGUAUGGCAGCGUAUUCUCCGCAACCUCGACUUUGUGGCGUCGUACGGAGGCAUCCUGGAGUUGAACUCGGCGGCGCUGCGCAAGGGAAUGAGCGAGCCGUAUCCCAAGGCGGAAAUCUGUCAGGAAUUCCUCACGAGAGGUGGUCGGUUCUGUCUGUCCGAUGACAGCCACGGAUUGGAUCAGGUGGGAUUGAACUUCCAUCGGGUGUUGGCGUUUAUGGAGCGUGUGGGCAUUUCGACGCUGCAUUAUCUCGACUUGGGCGAGGGGACGGCGGUAGAUGAGCGAUUCCCUGGGACUCAGGUUCAGUCGAUGGCAUUGGAGGAAGUGAAGCAGGCGAGCUUUUGGCAAUGA